AUGAAAACAUUUUGCCUGCAUCUUUUCCGCAAGUCUUCGACUAGCUCGUCAAACUCCUCAGGUUCCGAGAAGGGCCAGACUGCCUUCACUUCCAACCUCGAUCUGCUCGGUGAUGAAGGAGCCAAUGUUCAGAAUGAUCUCUGGCAAUUGACGGUGAACGAAAGACUGAAUAAUGCAAGCAAUUGGGCUGAUCCGUCGUUCUAUACUACACUUGCUCACGCCACAUGCGAAAGCUCUUUGCAAGAUCUGAGAGACAGGUAUACUGCGAAUGGCCAGGUUAAACGGAUUCCCGCGAUUGCCAAAAUACUGAAUGGGAUUUCGCCUUUUGUUCAAGGAGUCACGUCCAUGACGCAGGGCUCUGCCACGGCGUCACUUAUUUGGGGUAGCGUUCAAUUGGUAAUGCAGUGCCUUCUGCUUUUCACUAAUCUCUUCUCGAACAUCAUGGAAAUGCUCUCCACCCUAUCCGAUGAUCUUCCCCGGUUCAGAGCAUUCAAUGAAGUCCUUCAUACCCCGAGACUCAAUGAAGCUUUACGACAAGUUUACAGGGUCUAUGUUGACUUCUGUUUUGCGAUCAUCAAACUGUUACGAUCCAAGAAAAGAUACGUCAUAAUUCAGAUGGAGUGGUCUUCUGUUGUGAAGGAAUUUCGGGCAUCCCAAGCUGCACUCAACGCAUCUCGGAAUUAUUUCAAUGAUGAGGUCCGUCUUGCAGAUGUGCAAGAGCAAGAAAAAAGACAUCAGGACCUGGUAGUCCGUAUUGAGAGCCUGUCCUCUCUCGUCACCGACAGAACAGUCAAGACUGUCAGCACUUUGACCUUACAAAGAAACCACCGAUUCACAGGAAGAAGGUCGGAGCUUCUUCAGUUACACAACAGUCUUCAGGUGAAUCGCGACCGAGUCGAUCAGUCCCACUCGCCGUCUCGACGCUCGUGCGUAAUACAUGGCAUAGGAGGGAUUGGCAAAACACAGACGGCGGUUGAGUACGUAUACAUCUACAAGGCAAGCUAUUCACACAUCUUCUGGAUGCACUCGGAAUCAAAUGCGACUCUGCUAGAGUCCUUCAUGUCCGCCAUGCGAAAACUAGAAAUGUACGACCAGUCACUUCAAGUCGAAAGAAUGAUUGAGAAAGGGAUCGAUUGGCUUCAGCACUCUGGGACGAAGUGGCUUCUGGUGUUUGACAACGCCGAAACUUUCUCGACUCUGCGAAGAUUUUGGCCUCCCGGAGAUCACAAUGGCGCAAUACUUGUGACUUCUCAGAAUCCGGACUUCGCCAACAUUUGCGAUGACAGCAUUCACCUGCAGCCAAUGGAGCCAGAAGAAGGUCGAGAACUUAUCCAAAGGUACUUGCGUCGCGGUCAAUCAGAAAAGGAGGCUGCCGAGAAGUUGUCAGCGCAACUUGGAGGGCUGCCAUUGGCAAUUGCGCAUUUUGCUGGUUAUGUCACUCGAUCACAAUGCCUUAUUGACGACAUGAACGCUUGCCUGCGGCAACGAUUCAAGUCUAGUCAGGUGUGGACGGUGACAGACACGUCGUGCCUUACUGAGUAUGAGCACACCCUGGCCACUGUGUGGGAUCUCGCUUGGAGACGUCUUGGACCCGAUGCUAUAGAGCUUGUCGAGUUUCUGGCUUUCCUGGAUGCUGAUGCAGCUCCUGAGAGCAUGUUCGUUGGACCGGCAGAACACGAAACCAAUGGAUCCCAAUGGCAAUUCUGGGAUCGACAUAGUGUUUUAUUCUCCAGGUUCAACGAAGCUAUACGGUCCCUUCGCGAGCGUCAUCUCGUCGAGCGCGACACCAACCACAACGGCAUUGUUUGCUUGCGAACGCACCGAGCUCUCAAGCGGCACAUUCUCCACCAUCUUGAUACCGAUAUUUCGAAGAGACAGAUGAUGUUUGAUAUGGCGGUUGAAAUGGUUCGUCGCGUAUUCCCGGUGCCGAGCGUCGCCAAACGAGGUGACUCAAGCAUCUGGGAACUGUGCGAUAGAUAUGUUGCCCAGGUCAUCAGCCUCAACGAUGUAUUUGUGCAGUCAUCCCCUAGGGUUGGUGGCAAUGCUCAGUACGCUGCGCUGAUGAGGGAUGCAGGGUACUACCUAAUGAACAACGGGGAGCAGGUAGAUGCAAUCAGCAUUCUGGAGAGCGCAGAAUCAGUGUGCAAUGACUUAAUUCGCCAGGGGGUCGAGGAAGCGAGAAUUACCAAAGCCGAUGCAAUCGGUACCCUCGGUAUAUACUGCAACUAUAUGGGUGUUCAAGGGAGAGAAAAGUCUAGACGAUUGGCCUUGGAGGCCAUCAACUUACGGGGCAAGAGGUUAGCCGACAUCCCAGAGAAUAGAUGGACUCACCUAGACCACACCAACCGCGGGCGUAGUUACGUCGAUAUGUGUAUAUCGUCUACUAUGCUGAACCAUAUGGACGACGCCAGGAAAUACGUCGACCUAGCGGUGCAUCAUUAUCAUCAGGCCGGCGGUGAGCAAGGACUCCCAGCUCGAACAGGCUACGCAACAGCAUUUCAAGUCCUCCUAUCAAAUACAACCAAGAACAGCGCUCAGCUGCUAGAGAAGGCGGAGCAUGCGCUCAAGGUUGUCGUUGGUGCAGUUGGCGAGGGCAACUUCAUGGCUCAUUCCACCAAACAACUAGUGGCCAUGUUCUAUUUCAGAUGUGGCGCUAUAGAGACCUCGCUGAGGAUGCAUCAAGAAAUACUUGAGCCUCGAAUCAAAUUCAAAGGAAAGUCCAACUCCGAUACCUUGACCAGCCGAUACUAUGUCGCUGUUUGUAGUCAGCACACUGGCGAUCUGGAACUUGCAGAGGUGAAUCUGAGAGCAAUAUUGAAAGAUGGGAUUAUAGAUGUGAAGUGGCGAGAAGAAGAUCUUGCUAGAGCGACACUGCGACUAGCACUUGUCUUGCUUGGACAGAGUAGACGUCAGGAGUCGAAGAAGUUGAGGGAUAAGGCUUUAGCGCUAUUAGAGAAGAGUAAAGAGAAUGUUCUCGCUGGGAACGAACAAGCAUCCGACCAGGAGUUGAUGGAGCAGAUUGACUCGGUAGUAUGUUUGUAUAACGGGCGAACGACGGGGUUCUGGAGUGAUGGAGAGCAUUGGUGA